GAAUUACAAGUUAAAUUUUGUUUUUUAGAAAGGGAAGAAUUGAGAAUUGAGAGGAUGGAGUCACCAUUUAAGGGUAAUAUACUGAAGGGAAAAGUGGCCUUGAUCACAGGAGGUGGGUCUGGAAUUGGGUUUGAGAUAUCUACCCAGUUCGGAAAACAUGGUGCCUCUGUUGCCAUCAUGGGCAGACGCAAAAAUGUUCUUGAUUCUGCUGUUUCCACUCUCAAUUCCCUUCACAUCCCUGCUGUUGGCUUUGUAGGGGAUGUUAGGAAGCAGGGAGAUGCUGAGAGAGUUGUGGAAUCUACAUUUAAACAUUUUGGUAGGAUUGACAUUCUUGUCAAUGCUGCAGCUGGCAAUUUUCUCGUGUCGCCUGAGGAUUUGUCUCCUAAUGGAUUUCGAACAGUUAUGGAUAUUGAUGCUGUUGGCACCUUCACAAUGUGCCAUCAAGCACUCAAGUAUCUCAAGAAAGGAGCGCCGGGACGAACCUCCUCCGGUGGUGGAAUUAUUUUAAAUAUUAGUGCUACUUUGCACUAUACAGCAGCUUGGUAUCAAAUACAUGUAUCUGCUGCAAAGGCAGCCGUUGAUGCUAUUGCUAGAAACCUGGCAUUGGAGUGGGGCACGGAUUAUGAUAUUAGAGUUAACGGGAUUGCUCCUGGCCCUAUUGGUGAUACCCCUGGCAUGACGAAACUUGCACCUGAUGACAUAAAUAGCAAAGCAAGAGACCACAUGCCACUAUACAAACUUGGAGAGAAAUGGGACAUUGCUAUGGCUGCUCUCUACCUUGCUUCUGAUGCGGGUAAAUUUGUCAACGGAACCACUGUAGCUGUAGAUGGUGGACUUUGGCUGAGCCGCCCCCGACAUCUACCAAAAGAAGCUGUCAAGCAGCUUUCUCGAUCCGUGGAGAAGAGAUCCAGAGAUGCACCUGUUGGGGUCCCAUCUAGCAAGCUUUAAAUUAGCAGUAUAAUCACAUGAACUGCUGAAAAAUGUGUUUUAUACUUAUUUUUUCGUUGGAGCCAUUGUAGCAAUUACCAUGUAUAAUGUAUUCCAUAGAACCAUAUACUUGCAUUGCAGGUCUUAUAAAAACAACAAACAAAGGAUCUCUAUUUCAUUUUA